AGUUAGGGAUGUAAGGGUGAGGAGGGCGCCGGGUGAGAGGAAAACAGAGGAGAAAUAACGGGAGAUAUUGUGUGAGGAGGAAGAAGAGAGGAACAACUCUGACUAGAAAGACGCCAGGAGAAGAGGGACUACUAGGUGUAGCUCCGCGUCUCGAAAACACGGGGUACGGAGAGCAGAGACUGAAGUUUGAAAAAGCACUGGAGUGGAACUGGAGUAGGGAUUCUCUGUCUCGUUCUGAAUAGUUCACAUACUACAGAUUUGCUGUUUGGUGUGACUGCGUGCGUGUCGGGCACAGCUGGUUUCCCAGAUCUUUUCUCAACAGCCUGAGGACACCCCCACACCCACGACCGCUUGCCAACGACACCCACUCCCUCCCACACACACACGAACACACAGACAGACGGACACACACACACUCAAAAACACCCCCACACACAGACAUCAUGGCGGGUAUGUGUCCUUACGGACGCUUCACCCACGCCGUGGUGCGAGGCAUCCCUGAGACCUUCGGGAGGGCGUGGGAGGGCGGGGAGAGCGGCGUGGAUCUGGCCAAGGCCCAGCGGCAGUUUGGCGUGCUGACGGGGGCGCUGAGGCAGAAGAUGGGGCUUCAGCUGAUCGUGAUCCCCCCCGACCCGGAUCUGCCGGAGAGCUGGAGGGUGGAGGACCUGGCCGUGGUGCAGGGAGACACGGUGCUCAUCACCAGGCCCUUCAGACAGCAGAGACGCAGCGAGGCGGAGGCGGUGAGGCGGGUGGUGUCGGAGCUGAACCUGAGUGUGGUGGAGAUGGGGGCGGAGGAGGGGGGCUCUGCUGGGGCCACGCUGGAGGGCAGCGAUGUGCUCUUCACCGGCAGAGAGUUCUUCGUGGGGAUCUCCUCCCACACCAACCAUCGCGGGGCCGAGGUGCUGGCUGACACCUUCAAGGACUUUGCGGUGUCGACCGUACCCGUGUGUGGAGGAUCUCGCCUUAAGAACAUCUGUUCCAUGGGAGGACCGGACACCAUCAUCAUCAGCAACUCUAACGGGGCCAAGAAGACCUUGCACAUGAUGGAGCAGCUGACCGAUCACCACUACGAGGUUCUGACCGUCCCAGAGGAUGCCGCUGCUAACUGCGUGUACGUCCGUGGUCCGUCCAAACAGGACUUCCUCCUUCACCGGCCCCCUGACGAGUGCCCCGACAGCGCCCCCGCCUUCCAGAAGCUGACAGACUACAGGCUGCUCCCCACCCCCUGCAGCGAAGCCUCCAAGCUGGGCGCAUCUCUGUCCUCCUUCUGCCUGCUCAUCAACCGGAAGCCACACUUCUGACCCACGGAACCCCGACGAGUCACUCGCUACAGCUUCCCAUCUUACACACUGGGGACUCAACACGAACAGAAGAGUGGACAUUUUGUCUAAUGGUGGGCGUUCCACGUUCUCCUCGCAGGAAGGUUCUUUAGUGGACACACCGGUGCAGUCUAGUGGCGUGUUUUAGAAGGUGCAGCCCAGAGUCGAUGUAUAAUCAUAUUCCACAGAAGAUCUUUCUCAAGUUCUCAACCUUUGUAUUCAUGGUACAAGCCUUUCCAAACCCCCUUAUCACAGGAAAAUAACCACUCAUGUUAACUGGUGUAGUCUAAACAGGAAACCCAACGCUCUUGAUAAUGGUUGUCUAGGAUGUCAGAAUGAGAUCUUGUGUUUUUGAUCGGUCAAUAAAUAUCCUCUGGAUUCUGAGCCAUUCUGCUAAAAUCCAAAUGUAUCCUAACCACUGU